GGCUGCUCCUCUGCGGCUCCACCUCCUGCAGACGAAGGCAUGGCGAGCACCGAGGCUAGAAGGGAGUGUGAGACUGAGGGCUGCAGCAAGGACGCUAAACUUCAGUGUCCCACAUGUAUCAAGCUUGGCAUUCAAGGCUCCUAUUUCUGUUCACAGGAAUGUUUCAAAGGGAGCUGGGUGUCUCAUAAGUUGCUGCACAAAAAAGCAAAGGAGGACAAGAACCAAAAUGAUUCGAAGAACUGUGUGGAGAAGGACAUCAACACAGACCCAUGGCCGGGCUACCGCUACACAGGAAAACUACACCCUCACUAUCCAUUGACUCCUAUGAGGCCCGUGCCAGGUGACAUACAAAGACCUGACUAUGCUGAUCAUCCCAGAGGGAUAUCUGAGUCUGAGCAGUUUCUGAAGGGGACCUCACAGAUCAAGAUCCUUUGUCCUGAGGACAUUGAAGGCAUGAGAGUAGUGUGCAAGCUGGCAAGAGAGGUACUAGACAUUGCAGCUGUGAUGGUGAAACCAGGGGCCACAACAGAAGAAAUCGACCAUGCUGUCCAUCUGGCUUGCAUAGCAAGGAACUGCUACCCCUCCCCUCUCAACUAUUACAACUUCCCCAAGUCCUGCUGCACGUCUGUCAAUGAAGUCAUCUGCCAUGGCAUCCCGGACAGAAGACUAUUACAAGAAGGAGAUAUCCUGAACGUGGACAUCACAGUCUACCACAAUGGUUUCCAUGGUGACCUCAAUGAAACCUUCUAUGUCGGCGAUGUGGAUGAAGAAGCGAAGAAACUGGUUCAGACAACAUAUGAAUGCCUUAUGCAAGCCAUCGACUCUGUGAAGCCUGGUAUUCGCUACAGAGAAUUAGGAAACAUCAUUCAGAAGCACGCUCAAGCUAACGGCUUCUCUGUGGUGCGGAGCUACUGCGGCCACGGUAUCCAUAGACUUUUCCACACUGCUCCCAAUGUGCCACAUUAUGCCAAAAACAAAGCAGUUGGAGUGAUGAAGCCUGGCCACGUGUUCACCAUUGAGCCCAUGAUAUGUGAAGGUGGCUGGCAAGACGAGACGUGGCCUGACGGCUGGACCGCGGUGACCAGAGAUGGGAAGCGCUCGGCUCAGUUCGAACACACCCUGCUGGUAACGGAGACCGGCUGCGAGAUUCUCACCCGCCGCCUGGAGGACAACGGUCGCGCUCAUUUCCUUAACCAAAUGUAGGCUGGACUUGAACGCACCAAGGACUGGAAGUUCCAGACACAAGACACCCAGCACCUCUGGGCCUCACACACAAACAUGCACAUUCAAACACACAUGCAUCUGAAACAAGAGGCACCACUCCUAGAGCUCAGUUUAACUGUGGUUCUCAUUGUUCUUUGAAUUAAAUAUCGGUUCCUCAAAUUAAAUGGAAGUACUUGAAUGUGUCUUAUAUCAAACGUGGAUCGCUUUAUUAGUGAAAACUCUAUCCUCUGAAGGAAACAUGAACGUAUUUAUGAGAUUUAGUGUUUCUUAGUGGUCGGGCUUGACAUCAGGCCUGCUGUGACCUCAGAGUUUUUAUUUUUUACUGGCUGGCUAGUUGUUGUCUGUGGUGUGUGGAGCUCAGGGCAAAUCCAACUAGUACGCCAUGCUUUGCUUCUUUUCUUUCACCCUCUGAUAACUUCAGACUUCAUAUGAAUUUCCCAGAGAUGGACGGAAAAGAAUAAGCAAUACUUGAGACAGAGGAGGGUUCCUGGAAACUUGAUCAACAAGUCUCACAACCUCAACAACUGGCAACUCAAAGCCUAUUGUAGAUAUAGUUCAAAAACGUACCUAAUUUAAAGAAACUGUAUGUUGGAUUUAGGUGAUAUUAGCGGAAAAAAAAAUUCCCUGUUCAAAUGUUGUGAUGUAUUUAAUGGCCUCAAAAACCACUGCUGUCUACAAUGUUGCCUUCGCUUUUGGCCCAUUCAUUCCUAUGUAAGUUGCUUACUAGCCUAUGAAGCCAAAAAGUUUGACUUCCCUGUAUUAAAAUACCUGGCUCUUCUAUGGCUCAUCCCCAACUAUGGGCCAAUAGAGCAAGCACACUAUACUUUGCCUUUUCUAGACUUCCAAAUGUAUUUGAGCAAAAUUAAUCAAAUUCUUACCAUGAAAUAUUUGGUGUUACUUAAUAUUAUAUUAGUGGAUACAUUGCUGAACAUCCAUGGGCACUUGGGCAAUGACGGUUGAAUAUUUUUGUCUGUAAAAGAGGCUUCAAUCUUACACACUGGACUAAAUUUAGAUUACAGGCAACACAAAAAUAAGAGUUUACAGUAGAUAUAUUUAAAAUGAGUAGUUAAAUAUUUUGUGAAAUACACUUUCUUAGCCAGAAUAAGAUGAAAAGAUCAAUACCACUCUCGUAUGUCCCUUUAAAUAUGUAGCUACAACUAGGAGACCAUUAGCUUAGCGUAGCAUAAAGACUGGGGUCAGAAGCAAACCGCUCGUGUGGCUUUUUGAAAAAAUGUCUACUAGCACCCUGAGAAAUUGAAUUAACGCUUAAAAUCUGUAUAAUCUGUUCAAAAAACGAAGUGAAAAAAACUUCCAUUUGUCAUUUUUAUUGGUGUCAUGAUUGCCAGGCUGAGAUAUAUAGACCACCAAGUAACCCAUUGUAAAACUGCAAUUUUAUUAUUUUAUUUUUUUUUUACACUUUUCACAGUUUUUUUUAAUGGAUCAAAUAAACAAGAUAUGACUUGUCAAUUAGCUUUAAAUGUGUUGGCAGGUGGAUUUUGUUGCCUUUGGACAGAGCCAGCCCUGUUUCCAGUCUUUAGGCUAAGCUAAGCUAACCUCUUUUGGCUGUAGCUUCACUUAAUGGACAAAAAUAGAGAGAGUUAUUGUCAUCUACCUCUUAAUAAGAAAGCAGAAUCAGUAUGUUUCCAAAAUGUUUAAAAAAACAAAAUAAUAAUUGAUGUGAUGCUUCAUGCCAGUCUGUUCGGUAUUUAAUCACACUACUAGCUCAAUUAUCACUUACAUGUCCAGUAAAGGUACUGUAGGUCGUUUGAUAUAUCCUGAAUGUGGCUAUUAUUAGUGCACAGUCAGUUUUCCAGUAGAUUACGUCAGCCAUGGUUGCCAAGAGAACUGUGACGCAACCACAGAGCAUCUACAUAGAUAUCCAAAAUGAAACUGACGACAUUGAGCGUUGUUCAAAUGCUGAGCUUGUUAAUCCUGCUAUGAGGAAUACUCUUUCAGUGUCUCAUGUUUCCAAUAGCCCUGGUGUAGCAAAUUGAGCCUUAAUGUGUGAAUUUAGGAAUUCAAACACGCCGGAUAUCUGAAGGCACGUUAACUGAUGUUCCCCCUCAUCUUGACAGUCACCAUUUACCUUGACGUGCGGAGUUUCCUGGUGUGAGCAGCAUUCAUUCUUUCUACAUUUUCAGAGGACUAAUGUGAUCACAGUUUCUCUGCCAUCUUUGUAUUUCUUCUAAUGGAGUAAUAAAUGACUCUUCUGUAA